UAACUUUGGACACAAAUUAGAGGAAGAAAAGAAGUCUGGCCCCUGCACAGGGACACCACAAUGUCCAGUUGCGACUCGCCACCAGAUUACCCCCUCAGCUCAGACUUAGUGAGGCGGUUAAAGUCUGCCCUGGCCACUGGGGACAAGGACACUGUGCAGGAACUGAUCUGCACUGAGGUGAAGCCCGUGGAUGCCGUGAUAGAGCUGGCUAAUGACGACUGGAUGAAGGAGCCCUCAGCUCAGCUGCCCGCAGGCGCCCUGCUAGGCCUCUGGACCCUGGAGUACAAGCGGGAGCUCACCACGCCACUGUGCAUCGCUGCGGCCCACGGCCACGUGUUCUGUGUGCGAUACCUUCUCAGUCGCAGUGCUGAUCCGGAUGCCAGCCCCGGAGGUCGCGGCGCCCUACACGAGGCCUGUCUCGGGGGCCAUACCGCCUGCACCCGGCUGCUACUGCAGCAUGGGGCAGACCCAGACCUGCUCAGCGCGGAGGGCCUGGCACCCCUGCACCUGUGUCGCACACCCGCAUCUCUGGGGUGCGCGCAAGCGCUGCUGGAGCAUGGCGCGACAAUAGAGCUGGAGUGCGGUCCCGGCCGGGACACCCCGCUGCACGUGGCAGCCCAGCACGGCCUGGAUGAGCACGCACAACUCUACCUGGGCAGAGGCGCGCGCGUGGACGCGAGGAACGGCCGCGGCGAGACGGCCUUGAGCGCAGCGUGCGGAGCGGCGACGCGGAGCCCCGACGAACGCGCGCGCUGCCUGCGCCUGUGCGCGCUCCUGCUACGCGGAGGCGCGGCGGCAGACGCGCGCGACGAGGACGAGCGUAGCCCGCUGCACAAGGCCUGCGGCCGCGCGCGCCCCAGCUUGUGCGCGCUCCUGCUGCGGCACGGCGCCGACGCGGGCGCGCUCGACUACGGUGGCGCGUCGCCACUGGCGCGCGCGCUGCAGACGGCCACGUGCGCGCCCCCGGCAGCGCCGCAGAGAAUGGUUCAGGCACUACUCAACCACGGAUCCCCUUCGGUGUGGCCGGACGCCUUCCCCAAGGUGCUGAGGACCUGUGCACAGGUGCCCACUGUCAUUGAAGUUCUGUUCAACUCCUACACUCAGCUCUGUGUUUCUGAGUCCUGGCAGGAGGUGAUCCCUGAAGAAGUAUGCCAGAUGCACGAGCGUUUCUACCGGUCUUUCUUCGCCUUGGCACACACCCCGCGCUGCCUACAGCACCUUUGCCGCUGCACAAUCCGAAAACUCUUAGGCAAGAAGUGCUUUCACCUGGUGCCCCAGCUACCCUUACCCGAGACCCUGCAAAAUUACCUGCUUUUGGAGCCAGAAGGUGUUUUGCAUUGAAGACACAGCCUUGGAGCCCAGGUUCUUCGUGCAUCUUUGUCUUUCUGCAGAGGCCGUAUGGUUGCACAUCCAGCCCCCUCCAUUCCCCAAGUGACCACGGGAGGCACGGACCCACAAGCCUCAAGUUCAUGUUAGAAUGGAGUUGGAAAUAAUAAAAAACCCUCUCUGUUAGUGGAGCUGGGGAUGACUCAGCAGUUAAGAGCAUUGUCUGCAGUUGCAGAGGACCAGGGUUCAAUUCCCAGCACUGACCUCCUUGCUCACAGCCAUCCCUAACUCCAGUUCCAGAGGAUCUAGGGCCCUCUUCUGACCUCCAUAGACACU